AUGCACAAAAACAAAUUACAAGAAUAUCUUCAGAAAUCUGGUUUUCCAUUGCCCGUUUAUCUAACAGACAACGAAGGAUUUGCGCAUGCACCGAAGUUCAGGUCGACAGUAGUGGUGAAUGGAAGGGAGUUCAAGUCGAGGCUCACAUAUUCACAUCGAAAAGAAGCAGAGCAGGAUGCUGCAGAACUUGCACUUAAGAUAAUUAUCCAUGACACAAACAAUAUUGAAGAAUGCACUGUUCUUCCUGAUCUAAUAUACUGCAAAUCAAUCCUGAAUGAAUAUGCUGUCCGAAAAAACAUAGGAAGUCCCCAAUAUACAACUACUCAAAAGAGCGAAUUGCAUCCGGUCUUCAUCUCUACGUUGGUGUUUAAUGGUAGAAUUUACACCGGUCAAGUCGGAAAAAGCAAAAAAGAGGCAGAACAGCUUGCAGCAUUUAUAACUAUCCAAUCACUUCUAGGAACUAGUAAUAUGUUCCUUGAAGGUUCUUCAAAGCAAAUGACUGAUACCCCAGGUCCAAUUAAGCGAAAGCUUGACAGCAUUAACUUAGAAAGCAAGAAACAAACUAGGGAACCUGGUCAGUUUCUUUCUUAG